AUGGGUGGUGGCCAAGGAAUCCGCACCGUCGGCUACUUCGUCAAUUGGGCUAUCUACGGACGCAAUCAUCAGCCCCAAGAGAUACCUGUUGACAAACUUACCCACGUUCUCUACGCAUUCGCCAACGUGCGGCCCGAGACAGGUGAAGUCUAUUUGACCGACUCCUGGUCGGAUGUGGAGAAGCACUACCCUACCGACUCGUGGAAUGAUGUUGGCAACAAUGCUUACGGCUGCGUGAAGCAACUCUUCAUCCACAAAAAGAAGAACCGCAAUUUCAAAGUCCUACUGAGUGUUGGUGGAUGGACUUAUUCAUCCAACUUUGCCCCAGCCGCCAGUUCUGCUGCAGGCCGUCAGAACUUCGCCAAAACGGCUGUGCAAAUCAUGGAGGAUGUUGGUUUCGAUGGCAUCGAUAUCGACUGGGAGUAUCCCAAGAAUGAACAAGAGGCCAACGAUUGGGCUGCUUUGCUGGCAGAGACUCGCCAAGUGCUAGAUGCCGCCGCAGGGAAAAGGUCGAACCGACCCAAAUUUCUUUUGACUGUCGCCUGCCCGGCGGGACCUCAGAACUUCCAGAAGCUCAAAGUUGCCGAAAUGGAUAAGUACCUGGACUUCUGGAAUCUGAUGGCCUACGAUUAUGCCGGCAGCUGGGAUCAAACAUCGGGUCACCAAGCCAAUCUCCACUCGUCUCAUAAUACACCAGCAUGUACUCCCUUCAGCACGGACACAGCCAUUCAUUUCUACACCAGUAACGGCGUUGCUCCACACAAAGUGAUUCUUGGCAUGCCUCUGUACGGACGGACCUUCCAGAACACCGCGGGUCCUGGUUCAUCGUACCAAGGCAUCGGCGAGGGUAGUUGGGAGCAGGGCAUAUGGGAUUACAAAGCCUUACCCAAACCGGACAGUCAUGAACAGUAUGACGACAAGGUAGGUGCCAGUUGGAGCUAUUGCUCUGCCACCGGUACCAUGAUCAGCUACGACACGCCUCAAAUGGUCCAAGUCAAGGCCACCUACACUCGAGACAAGGGCUUGGGCGGAGGUAUGUGGUGGGAGACUUCGGGUGACAAGACGGCGGGGAACGGCAGUUUGAUCGAGGCCUAUGUGAACUCGCUGGGCGGAACACAUGCACUGGCGGACGAGGCCAACUGCUUGGAAUACCCCGAGAGCAAGUACGACAACAUUCGCGCUGGUAUGCCGGAUUCUUGA